AUGACCUGCUUCUUUAAGCGCACGCGCUGCUGGUGGUACAAUGACCAGACCUUCCAGGGAUCCUUCCUGGGCUUUGGCUUCUUUUGCCUGGGCUGUUUGGUUUACAGCAUGACUGGCUGCCAAGAAGGGCCCAAGCCCACAGUGACACUGGGUGAGACCUCCGCGUCGUCGAACUAUGGGCAACUUCUCGAGGCGUGUGACCGCCAGAGUGAGGUAGACAGCACUGUUGACAGGUGGAUUGUGAAAGGCUCCUGGGCCUCCAUGUUCUAUGGCAUCUUGCUGGUUGGCCUUUCGGUGACCACGAUUUGCCACAUCAACUUCGGCAUCGGCUUUGGUUUCGGCAUUGAUGGGCUGGUAGCCUUCGCCAUGUGUGCUGCCCAGGUUGUCAUCAGCUCGAGUGCCUGCAUGGUGCAGAAGCAUCUUUCAACGCCUUCCAGGGUAGUGGUGGAGUGGUGGGUUUUGGCCUUCGCCCUUGCCAAGGUCGGGAUGGCUAUCGGCGACCUGAUUCUGGCGGUGAUGUACAUUACGGAAACCCUAGGUGGCUUCGUGCGGGAGAAUGCCAGCUUUUGCAGUGCAGGCUACCUCUUCUGCUGGAUGCUCAUGGUGUCCAUGGUCUGCCAAAGUGUGGCGGGCAUGGCGAUCGCGAGGAUCCACACGCGAGCAGCCCAACACAUGGGUGGCAUACAGAACCUCGCCAAGCUCAUCGGCUGUUCAGGCCUACUUCUGGCCGUGGCGACUUUCGGUGCUGGCUUGGGGCUUGGGGUUUGUGGUGGGCUCUUCAUCUUCGACGACUCCGAGGAUGCCAUUGAUCCGAUGGCUGGCAUUGCGUUCUCCUACUUUGCUGCUGCCCUGUGCCACUUCUUUGCUGGGGCCGCAAGCCUGCGAGGGAAUAUGCAAGUGAGAACCCAUUACCAAAAGGGUGCCAGAACCAUCACUGAGAUGCAGAAUUUCUAG